CUGUUUCCACAACAGAGAAGAAAAAAUAAAUUCACAAAUAAUUGGAUUACUGGCCCGAGUUAAAUGAGGGUUUCUUUUCAGGUGAAAAGCAUUAGUUCGCAGGGGAACUGCAACAUCGGAUCGUUCUCGAACAAUCUCAUCAGACAUUUAGAAGAGUGUCUUAAAAUGACCGCUGAUUACAACGGCUACUGGAAAAUGAUCUUUAACGAGAACUUUGAAGAGUAUCUUAAAGCUCUAGAUGUAACCGUAGCUAUUAGAAAGAUUGCCACCUUGCUGAAGCCCGAUAAAGACAUCACUCAGGACGGCGAUCACUUCAUCAUAAAGACUCUCAGCACUUUCAGAAACUACAACAUGGACUUUGUGGUUGGUCAGGAGUUUGAGGAGGACCUGAGUGGAGUGGAUGACAGGAAAUGUAUGACCACCAUCACCUGGGAUGGAGAUAAACUUGUAUGUGUGCAGAAAGGGGAGAUCGAGGGGAGGGGCUGGACCCACUGGAUUGAGGGAGAUGAACUUCACUUGGAACUGAGAGCUGCUGGGAUUGUGAGUAAACAGGUCUUCAAAAAGUCUUAAACCCCUACCGACUAAACACCUGCUAAAGUCGGUAAUCCGACACUUUAUAGUAUAUAAACUCACGCCACAUCUUCCUACAUCUAUCCUUCUGUGUGCGCCUUCAUCUUUGCUAUUGUGGAAACCAGACAAACACCAUCUGUGAUAGCCUGUCACAAUCUAUAAAUGCUUGUUUGUUCUGAUCCUCACAAAGGAACAUCUCAAGUGACUUUUCUUCAUAGGUGCGGUGUUUGUCACUUAGACGUUAUUUGCAUUAGUGGUAGAGAACACCGGUAUAAGCUGCUCUGUAAGUGAACCAUCAAACAACAGGUGCGUCAGGAUAUUGUCUUGGACUCAAGAAGAAGAUUUCUCAGAUUGGGAGCUUCUGUGUACAUAAAAGUAAUUAGACUCCAGAGAGGAUGUGUGAAAGGAAAAAUGAUGUGACGAGUCUGAGUGCCGCCCAGCUGCUGUCGCUCUGAUUGAAGAGCCUGUCAGUCUCUUGGGUUCUGAGCAUGGCAGGGUUUUGCUUUCCUUCCCAUCAUGCCUCUGUGACUGUGCACACAAAAGAAUACAUAAAUCUGUGAAAUAAAGAGAAAUGCAUUGCG